AUGACAGGAUGUGCAAUUACAAGUUGUUUAGUCAACUCUUUGAAUGGUUUAACAAGCAUCAACAGUUUAGAAAGUGCAUUUGAACAAGUCGUCGUUGUUCGUAACCCAUUGGCCAUCCUUUUGGCUAUUGUGUCAUUGGUUGUUUUGGUCUAUCUUUUGAUCAAGAUUCGUGUGCUCCGUGGUGUCAAGUUGGACGUCAAGGUAUUACAUGAAUGCACCAAGAAGGGUGUCGGUCUCCCACUCGACAAGGCUUUCGAUGUCAUCAACAAGGAAAUCGCUAUCAAGUACCCAGGUCUCAUCAACACUAACCGUCGUUGGAUCCUCUUUAACGGAGGUGGUGCUAUGGGUCAAAUGUGUGUUCUCCACGCCUCUCUCUCCGAGUACCUCAUCUUGUACGGCUCACCACUCUACUCUCAAGGCCAUAGUGGUCGUUACUUGAUGGACGUCUAUGACUUUAUGAUCAAGGGUGAGACCAAGACCUACUUCCCAGGCGAGUUUGCCCCACGUGUCUUCCCAGCCGGCGAGUACUCUUAUCUCCCACGUCUUGUUGCCAAGGGUUACUGUUGCGAACCAGAAUCAUACAUGCUCGAGUAUGGCCGUGGUAUCAUCCCACUUGCUCUCCCAUACUUCCUCUGCUCGUCCAUCUUUGUCACUCUCGACAUUGUUCCAUGGUUGACUGCUUGCUAUCGUGUUGGUUAUCAAGUCACCAAGAACCUCUUGUUCCGUCGUAAGAUCUAA